GAGACAAAGUUCGGGAGUUCUUGCUGAGUCUACGAUACUUCAGAAUAUUCAUAGCACUGUGGAAUAUCUUCAUCAUGUUUUGUAUGCUGGUAUUUUUUGGCCAUUAGAUGGACAAUUUGGACAACAUUUAAUUUUAUCACCUUAGUAGCAAACAAUCCUACAACAUGUCACAGAAGAAAAUAUAUCUAGAUUACAAUGCAACCACUCCUCUGGAAUCGGAGGUCAUAACAACCAUAACAGAAGCCUUAACCGAUGCUUGGGGAAACCCGAGUAGCUCUCACAAUACUGGCAAAACAGCUAAGGGGAUUAUUGACCAGGCGAGGUCAGAUGUGGCCUCAUUGAUCGGCACAAAGUCAUCAGAUGUUGUUUUUACAUCAGGUGGUACUGAGGCUGAUAACAUGAUUAUUAUGACAGUUGUAAAACAUUUUAAUAAAGAAAAGAUGAAAAACGUGACAGAAAAAAAUGUGGAUCAAAGUUUGACUGGCUAUAUAAAUACAGAAAGUAGCAAAAAAAGACACCAUUUGGGUGAACAUGGUUGUAAAAUUGGAAGUUGUGAUACAGAUGAAGAAAAAUAUGAGCUUCCUCACAUCAUUUCGUCUCGUAUGGAGCAUCCAGCAGUAAACGUUUUCUUGGAACAUUUAAAAGACACCGCACAAGCAGUGGUUACUUAUGCCAGCCUGUCUCCUCUAACAGGAAGAUUGGAGGUGGAAAAUGUACUGCAUGAAAUUAAACCGAAUACCAUCUUAGUCACUGUAAUGCUUGCGAAUAAUGAGACUGGUAUAAUUCAACCCGUGAAGGAAAUUUGUGAUGCUGUAAGAAACAUUAAAAGAGGGAAUGGUGAAACGAAAAAGAUAUUUGUUCAUACUGAUGCUGCACAGGCAUUGGGUAAAGUUCCAGUGGAUGUGGCAACACUAGGGGUUGAUUACUUGACAGUUGUAGGGCAUAAGUAUUAUGGACCAAGAAUAGGAGCAGUGUAUGCAAAGGAUUUGGAAAAUAGGGAAACCCCGCUGUAUCCAUUCUUCUUUGGUGGAGGGCAGGAAAGGAACUUUAGACCUGGCACGGAAAAUACUGGAAUGAUAGCGGGUUUGGGUAAAGCUAGUGAAAUAGCUUUCAAAAAUAUUGUGAAGUUUGAAACUGAUAUGAGUAAGUGUAGGGAUUAUCUAGAGGAAAAGCUAGUGGAGGCCUUUGGCAAAAGGGUUCAUUUUAAUGGGAAAUUUGCUCAAAGCGAAAGGCUUCCAAACACAUGUAAUGUUUCUAUCCUUGGGAAUAACUGCGAAGGUCAUAAAGUGUUGGCUAAGUGUAAGGUGUUACAAGCAAGUGUUGGUGCAGCAUGUCAUGCCCAGAAUAAACCAUCAGCCAUACUUUUAGCUGUAGGAGUUCCAGAAGACAUUGCUAGACAUGCUCUACGUUUGUCAGUUGGACGAUACACAACAAUAGAAGACAUUGAUUUGGUUGUUGAAGAUUUGAAACAAGCAGUUCAAAUGUUGGCAGAUGAAGCUUAGACUUAUGUGCAUGAAUUCCAUUUACUUACAUUAAUAUAUCAGAUUUUACUGUGAAAGUUUCACAUAACAAUUGCACAUUAGAUCAGCAUGAUAGUUAGGCGACUGUGUACAUGUAUAUAUUUCAAUUUUUAUUCUUCUGGGUGAUAUGUUUGCUAUUAUAGAUCAUGUAAAUGGUACAAAAUGUUUUUGAUGGGAUUUUGUUAUAUUAUUAUGGCAUGUUGUUUCAUGAUAAUUUGUUAUUAAUGUAUUUGGUAUUGAUAUACAUGUAUUUGGCUGUACACAAUAAAUGUUUAAGAUAUGUG